AUGGAAUCUAAGUCAGUUGUACCUGGUCAAUACAUAACACCAACAAAGAAUCUAUUCCAAGAUAAGCAACAACAGAAGAAUGUCCCAGUAAAGUAUGUUGCCGGGUCGGGCACAGUGAUUAAUUCAAUUGAAGUUGAUGAUGGCAAGAGUCUAUCAAUCAUUUGUGCUACAAUACUAGGCAAGACCCAAUUUGUUAAAGUGAACAAUACACUAGAGGCAAGUGAUGUGCCAAGUGAGGAUAAAGACAACCAGGAAUUGUCGUAUAUCGUCAAUGUCAUACCCAGAGAUCAACGAGUCAACACUGACAACGACAAUGCUAACGAGACUGCCGACAGUAGUGGUGAAACACGCAACGUCUCAUCAUUGUCAUCUCCAAUCAAUCUCCCCCAGGAGAACGAUAUUGUAUUGGUACGAAUUACCCGUAUCUCCCAAAAACAAGCCAAUUGCGAAAUCAUUGCCCUUGAAUCAAAAUCGAAAAACGCACAAACAAUUGGUGGUGGUAUUGCCAGUGGGAGCGGCAGCGGCAACAUCUUAUCCGACUCAGGAACCGGAUCCAAUGGCGCCACAGCACAAGCAUCUCUCCCGCACGGUGGUGGAUCGCAACACAACCACAAUAUACAAACGGUGGCAUCAUCAACAACAACACCAUCACAAGCAACAAUCUACGACUUGGGUGAAAAUUAUCGUGGCAUAAUUCGUGCAUCCGAUAUAAGAUCAACUGAACGAGACAAGAUUGUUGUUGGCCAAUGUUUUAAACCUGGUGAUGUUGUACGAUGUAUGAUUAUUAGUUUGGGUGAUGGACAAAAUUAUUAUUGUUCAACUGCUAGAAAUGAUUUGGGUGUGGUAUUGGCUAAACUGUGUGGCGGUGCUGGGAGGUUAAUGUAUCCUGUUGAUUGGCAACAUAUGAUUGAUUUGGAUAGUGGAGUUGUUGAGUUGAGAAAAAAUGCCAAUCCGUUUGUUGUAUAG